GAAAGGCAAAGAUGAGGUCAGAUCUAGCAGAUGAUAAAAAUAUCCUGCAAAUUGCUGCGGCUGAAAUUGCCGAAUCAUCAGACACAAGCGGAUUUUUCGAAAUCACCAGCAAUGGUUCCAAUGGCCACAGCGGGCAUCGAUCCGAUGAUCUACUGCAUUUAUCUACUGGAGAAUACCUGAACUACCCAAAAGCAACAUCCCGACCGAAGAGAUCAACCCGGCGCCUCCAAACGGAAUCUGCGCUCGAUCCGGACUUGACCGACUCCAGCUCCCAAAGUGACGACACUAGCUGCGGUAGUGGCAGUCGUGCUGGCAGCCGCGGUGGAAGCAGCAGCCGAAACACGUCCAUGCAGACCAGUCAGCAAACGGCAACAGCAGCCGCAAGACGCCGGAAAGGUGUUCUAAAUGCCAAAGAGCGCAAUCUACGGCGACUGGAGUCCAACGAACGGGAACGUAUGCGAAUGCAUAGUCUCAAUGAUGCAUUUCAGUCGUUGAGAGAGGUAAUACCACACGUCAAGAAAGAACGACGUCUGUCCAAGAUUGAAACGCUUACGUUGGCCAAGAACUACAUCACGGCUCUUACGGAUGUUAUCAUUGUGAUGCGUGGUGAGGGGGAUGCUACGGGUGCUGCAACGAAAACAAAAACACCAGCAAGAACAGCCGCAGUAGUGGCGUUAACACCAACAGCAGUCCCAAUAACUGGAUCCAACGCAAUGCAGAACCAGUGUAUCGUGAAAGCGGAAGCUGAUUCUCAGCAACAGCGCCAUCAGCAUCAUCACAAUCUUCUCCAUCCUGAUCAUAUUUCGUCCACCAUAUCCGUGCUUGACGUACUGAGCAGUAGCGGUAUCAAUCAACAGAACCUGCUCCAUCCCAUUAGCCUCAUAGGUGGUAGUGACACCAAUCAUCACCACCACCACCAUCAUCAUAAUAACAACAAUAACCUCAGUAUCGCCAAUUUCAACAACAACAACAACAAUAAUAAUAGCAUCAACCAUAACAACAACAAUAGUGCAAGCAGUAUAGACAUUGAAAACAGCUUCUACGAGGAUCCAUUUCAAAUGAUGUAAAUCCUCCCUCACAAUCCGGUAAGAUGCAUUUAACGGUGAUGCGAUCGGAAUUUUUUAUAAAGACAGAACAUGGAUCUAGCGAACACUUUUCGUUGUGUGGAAUAGUAAAAAAUAAUUAGUUCCACUACCAUUAUCAUUACACUUAACUACCCAUGGAUGGUAUUAUAUAAUUUUGAAUAAUUUACCUUCCUACGAUUCACGUAAAACUAAAACGAAACGAUUGAGAUAAAACUAAAGCAGGUACCCUACCCUCUUAUACUGCCUAGUUUCACUCAUUUCGAAUUCGUGGAUUAUUCUAAGUUUAUCCUAUGAUAUCUAGUCUUUUUGGUCACGAAAUUCAGGAAUUUAUGUACUCCGCUGCAAAUACCUUGUCAGAUCAUAGAUUUAUCGGCAAAGGCGAAUUUGAAUUUACUAGAUACAUCAUUUGGCUCUAUAUAAUUUUUCCCAAGUAGCACUUGAAACUUAUUCACAGAAAAUUGCAUGGUAGACACAAAGGAAACAAUGGUGACGAUAGAGUCAACAUAAUGUUACUUAUUCUCAUCUCAUCAUAUUAAAUUACAUUAAACUUCAACGGUAACCUUAUUCUUACGACAUGUUUUGAAUUAACUGUAUUCGGUUGCUAACUGGUCACCGGAACAAAAUGUGACAGUGAAAACGCGAUACACUACAUAAUAAAAUUAAAUAAUGCUUACACAGCGGUUACCGGAAAACAUUGAAUACCAUAAAUUAAUAAAUAGUGGGAAAUUACAGAAUUCUUGAAAAUUGAGUAUAGUUGAGUCUUUGCUUAUAUAUAAAUGCUUUAAGAAUGUUUGCCGAUAUUUGCGCGGAACAAACUUUAUUGUUUUUUGCGAAGCAUAUUUUCUCUACCAGGGCAUAUAUUGGCACGCGUUG